CUGCAGUUAAAGAAAAAUAAAAUAAAAUUUGCUGUGCCUUCUCUAAACAAAAAAGAAAAGAAAAAAUUAAACUGCAAUAAGGUCAUUAUUUUUCUUUUUCACUUGGAAAGGAAGAAGAGAGAAGAAAAUCAUAGAGAGUGAGUGAGCAUCUGAAAAUCGCGUCGAUGGUCAUUUCGUAGAAAGAAAUAGUAGAGAGAGUGUGUUGUGUGAUAGCAUAUGCUUGUGGGCGCGUGUGCGUCGACGUGUGAAAUUUCAUUAAUGUUCAAUCUCUGUAUUUCUGCUUCUAGUGAAAAUGGUUGAUUAAUCACUAAUUACGACUACUGAUUAUAGAUGGAGAUUGGUAAAGGUUGCUGAUAUUAUUAGCCUUAAGUCCCAGUAUCAGAUCAUUAUUAUCAAAGAGAUUUAAAGCAGAAUGGACGGUGGUGAGGCGUCUGCUCUGUUACAGGCGCCGCCGCAGCCCUUGGAGUGGAGAUUUGCGCAGGUGUUUGGUGAACGUACGGCUGGUGAAGAAGUUCAGGAAGUUGAUAUCAUAUCGGCUAUUGAAUUUGAUAGAAGUGGCAACCACCUUGCCACUGGAGAUCGUGGUGGGCGGGUGGUUUUAUUUGAAAGAACUGACAUGAAAGAUCAUGGUGGUAAUCGGAGAGAUCUAGAGAGGAUGGAUUUUUCAGUCAACAGGCAUCCUGAGUUCAGGUACAGAACAGAGUUUCAGAGUCAUGAACCAGAGUUUGAUUAUCUAAGGAGCUUGGAGAUUGAGGAGAAAAUUAACAAGAUUAGAUGGUGCCAAUCAGCUAAUGGUGCCCUGUUUCUUCUGUCGACGAAUGACAAAACCAUAAAAUUUUGGAAGGUCCAAGAGAAGAAGGUCAAGAAAGUGUGCAACAUGAAUGUUGACCCUGCAAAAACUACAGGCAACGGUCCCAUUGUAGGUGCUGCCAGCAUGUCAACAAGCCCUAACAUGUAUAUUGCGAAUGGAGGAUAUUUGGAUAGGUCCUCUAAUCAUUCAAGCAAUGACUUCUCCUUUUCUGGGGAUGUCCAGAAUCUGCAUUUGCCUGUGUUGAUCAGUCAUGAAACAAACCUUGUGGCUAGGUGCCGAAGAAUAUAUGCUCAUGCUCAUGACUAUCAUAUUAAUUCCAUUUCUAGUAAUAGUGAUGGUGAAACAUUUGUAUCUGCUGAUGAUCUGCGAAUAAAUCUUUGGAAUUUGGAAAUUAGCAACCAGAGUUUCAACAUUGUUAAUUUGAAGCCUAACAACAUGGAAGAUCUGACUGAGGUGAUUACUUCAGCAGAAUUUCACCCUUCUCAUUGUAAUAUGUUGGCGUAUAGUAGCUCAAAAAGCUCAAUUCGUUUGAUUGAUAUGCGGCAAUCUGCUCUAUGUGAUACUCAUAGCAAAUCGUUUGAGGAACAAGAAGUGCCUGGUUCGAGGUCCUUUUUCACGGAGAUAAUUGCCUCAAUCUCAGAUAUUAAGUUUGCCAAGGAUGGAAGGCAUAUACUUAGUCGUGAUUACAUGAAUCUCAAGUUAUGGGAUAUAAAUAUGGAUUCUGGGCCAGUUGCAUCCUUCCAAGUUCAUGAAUACCUGAGGCCUAAGCUUUGCGAUUUGUAUGAAAAUGAUUCCAUCUUUGAUAAAUUUGAGUGUUGUCUAAGUGGAGAUGGAUUGCGAGUGGCAACUGGUUCCUACAGCAAUCUUUUCCAUGUUUUUGGCUGUUCUGAAGGUAGCACAGAAGCAACAACAUUAGAAGCCACCAAAAAUCCAAUGAGGAGACAAGUUCAAACACCAUCAAGGCCUUCUAGAUCUAUGGGCAAUCUUUCUCUUGGUUUUAGACGAGAUAGUGCUGGAGUUGAUACAAACGGAAAUGCGUUGGAUUUCACGACAAAGUUGUUACAUUUAGCAUGGCAUCCAACUGAAAAUUCUCUCGUCUGUGCCGCCUCAAAUAGCCUUUACAUGUAUUACGCAUAAAGAUGGCCUGGGGAGAUCAUGGAUUUUGGCAUGUCAAAGCUGUAGAUGCUACCUCUAGUAAUCGCCUGCUUCUCUAAUAAGGAUGUAGAAGAUACAGCCAUAAUCAGAGGUCAAUGAUGCUGUUGUUAAAUUAUCUAGGAAGUAGGCAGGAUUCAUUACUAAUUAUAUUCUUUACAAAAAAAAGUACAGUUCUGUCCUACACGUUUGGAGUCUUUCAUAAAGACAUGCUUUCAGGUAGUGCCGCAAUUGCAGAAAGGUUUGAGACUAGUCUUUGAAUCUAACUUGGCAAGGGAGCUAGUGGGGGCAUCAAUUCUCAUUGAUGCUUGGGGCUUCAACCUUGUACCAUUAGAACUUAGGACUCGAGGAUUGUGAAAAAUUUAUCAUACUUAUUGUUGUAUCAUAUUCUAACCAUUCUUUCUCCUCUUUCAGAGUUUUGCUGAUAA